UGAGCCCCGCUCCGCGGAAGUGGUAGAGUAGUUCUCUUCCGAAACUUCCUGUUAGAAGCCGGAAGACCCUGGGCCGAGUAGGCAGGUCCCUAGAGGCUGCGAAGACUUCCCUGGGGAACGGCUUUUGGGCCCCGAGCCCUAAGACCAUUUCGGCACCUCGGGACAUGGCUCUGACCGUGGAGACUGAGUCGCGUAUCUACCGGGGCCUGCGCACCGCUUCGGGAGCCGCCGCCCACCUCGUAGCCCUGGGCUUCACGGUCUUUGUAGCCGUGCUGGCCCGGCCCGGCUCUAGUCUGUUCUCGUGGCACCCAGUGCUUAUGUCUUUGGCUUUCUCCUUCCUGAUGACAGAAGCGCUGCUGGUCUUCUCCCCAGAGAGCUCCUUGUUGCGAUCCUUCUCUCGAAAGGGCCGGGCACGAUGCCACUGGGCCCUGCAGCUGCUGGCCCUGCUGUGUGCCCUGCUGGGCCUGGGCCUGAUUGUCUACAACAAGGAACAGCAGGGCAAAGUUCACUUGGCUACAUGGCAUGGGUGGGCAGGGCUGCUGUCAGUGCUGUGGGCCGGGCUGCAGUGCACAGGUGGGCUAGUGCUGCUCUACCCCAAGCUGCUCCCACGGUGGCCACUGGCCAAGCUGAAGCUGUAUCACGCCACCUCAGGGCUGGUGGGUUACCUGCUGGGAAGUACUAGUCUCCUCUUGGGCAUGUGCUCCCUUUGGUUCACCACCACACUGGUGGGUGGUGCCUGGUAUCUGGCUGCUCUCUGUCCCAUUCUUACCAGCCUGGUGGUCAUGAAUCAGGUGAGCAACGCCUACUUGUACCGCAAGAGGAUCCAGCCGUGAAGGAGGCAUCCCCCAUGUGCUACUCUUCCCCCUGCAGCGUCCUGCGUUCUGCCCAGAAGCAGCUGCUCGCGGUGCUGCUGGACUCUCGGUUCUCCUGACACCGGGCGGGCCUGGGCCAUGCAUCGUCCCUUUGGGGGACAGGCAGAAGAGAUGUGUACCGAGGAAGGGUGCUCAGUGCCCCAUAUACAGAGACUGCCUAGUCUUCCUGCCACUAUGAAGAGAUAUGUGAGCACAUGGAUGGACUACUGGCAGCCUGCUUGCCUCUUCUGUUCAUCUUUUAGACUCUUAUCAGUGUUUGCAAAAAAGUGGGGGGAAAGUAACAAUGGAAAGAGGUAGGGGAAGAGCUCCAAGUCACAGUUGAUUCUUAUAGGUACCAUUUGUAUGAAGAAAUCAUUUGGGCCAGGUGCUUCACCUUUUUCUCGGGAGUAGCAGUGAUAUUUGGGAUGACACUGCUGCUAGGCCUUGGCUCCUGAGGACCGAGCAACUUCCCCAUGCUGACCAAUGGGGAUCAGGGAGGCCUGAGAAGAACCUGCUAGGAAGCAGGGAUAGUGGGAGGGUAAUGUCAAGGAGUUAAAGAUGUGUUCUUGUACUUCCUAUAAAGCUCUUCUAUCUACCUA